UGAUUUCGGCAGACGGUACAGUUUGUCCUUAGUUCAGCAUUACUACGGUGUUUACCUGUCUAACUGUAGUGCAACUGAAUUGUUUCUUUCUUUGGCCAGCCCAAAACAGUCAUUUUCUCCAAGGCUGACGACCUGACAGGUUAUGGGGAGCUGUCAGACAUUUUACAACACGUUAAUAAUCGACCCUAACAGACCCCAACAUUGGCCCGUCGAGUCAUUCGACCUGUCCGCAGCUGUAGACUUAGCUUCAAGGCUAACACCGAGAUAACACCCGAGCUGUAAAGAUGACACGUAAAAGCGUUUAAACAUCAUGCGGACCCGAAACGUCAACAGAAGGCCAGUGCAAUCCAUGCUGCGCGCACGAAGAACAAAAGUGAUCGUCUUCGAGAGUUAACCGGCGCUGCCCAAUCCGCUAUGUUACUAUCAACCACAAGUCGUCUACUGGCAAGAGGAAAAGCGUUGCUAGCAAAUCGAUUGAAAGGGAGCUGCGUAAACAUGACGCGUAACUCUACUACUGGGAAGAGACUGCGGGUGCUGGUUGACAUGGACGGCGUCCUGGCUGACUUUGAGGGGGGGUUCUUGAAGAAAUACCGGGCCAGGUACCCUGACGAACCGUACAUCACUUUGGAGGACAGGAGGGGCUUCUGGGUGUCCAUGCAGUACGGGCGACUUCGGAGUGAUCUCUCUGAGAAAGCCAUAAGCAUCUGGGAGUCCAAGAAUUUCUUCAGAGACCUGGAGCCCCUUCCUGGUGGGAUAGAAGCAGUCAAGCAAAUGGCCGAUAUGGACAACACAGAUGUCUUUAUUUGCACCAGUCCAAUCAAGCAAUUCAAGCACUGCCCUUAUGAAAAGUACGCAUGGGUAGAAAAGCAUUUGGGUCACGACUUUCUGGAGCAGGUCAUCCUAACCAGAGACAAGACGGUGGUCAGCGGGGACAUCCUUAUAGAUGACAAGCCUGACAUUUUAGGUGCAGAAGCCAAACCAACGUGGGAGCACAUCUUGUUCACCGCUUGCCACAACAAGCACCUUCCCGCCAACCCCUCGCAGAGACGCUUGCUGUCCUGGUCUGACGACUGGAGGGCCAUCUUGGACAGCAAGAGGCAGUGACGUCGGCAACCGAAAUCACCAGCAGCGUUAUGGAGGUAGAUUUGUGUCUGCAUUAUUCAAUCCAAAAAAACUUGCUUCAAUCAAAAAAAAGUUGUAUUCCAAAUAUAUAUUUUACUAAAAAAGUCUCUUCAAUCAAAAAAAAAAAAGUGUUUGAAUGCAAAAAUACAUUUGAAACUAAAAUAAAAUGCAAUUAAAAGAUAUUUUUCUUUGAAUUUUUUAUUUUUGAAGUCAAGUUUUUUUUUGACUGAGACGACUUUUUUGAUUGAAGUAAUGUUUUGCGGUUGGGCCACAUUUUGGCUUGGACAUGCGUGUCUAUAAUAUUCAAUCAAAAAAUAAGUUGCUUCAAACAAAAAAAAACAUAUUUUCAAAAGAAAAAUCACCUCAAUCAAAAAAAGAAACAUUUCUAUGAUAGAAAAACAAUAUUUUGAAUGCGAAAAAAUAUUCGAGACUCAAAAAUUUGCAUUUGAACACUUAAUUUUUCAUUGAAAAUGUUUUCUAUGAUUGAAGCAAUCCUUUUUGUGUUUGUGUAUUCAAUCAAGGAAAAAAAUCAAUUGAAAAAUAAAAUUGCCCUCCACUUAUGUUUUUUUUUUAAAUAAUAUUUUUAUUUGAAAUUAUUUUUUUAUUGAAGUGUCACCUUUAUUUAUUUAUUUUUUUUGAAGUGCAAAAUCUUUUGAACUACCUUUUUUCGAUUGUAGAGGAACAAGUUUUGAAGUCACUUUUUUUUUUUUGUCAUUUUGAUACAAAUGUUGCACUAAGCCGAUUGGUCAGACAUGCUUGAGUGACAACUGACUACACCAAUGCCGUUAGCCAUGAAAGCAUGAUGAAAAAAGUGACACUUCAAUUAAAAAAUAAUUUCAAAUAAAAAUAAUAUUUUCAAAAAAUACAUAUAUGUUUUCAAAAAAUAAUAUUUUUUUUAGUGGGUAGGGGCAUUUUAUUUUUGCAAAUGAUUUUUUUCUAUGAUUGAAAAUUUUUUUUUUGAUUGAAGCAACUUUUUGGGGGGUUUGAAUGAUUUAGACACAAAUGUCCUACCCAAACACAAAAAGGAUUGCUUCAAUCAAAGAAAAUUUCAAUGAAAAAUUAAGUGUUCAAAUGCAAAUUUUUGAGUCUCGAAUAUUUUUCCGCAUUCAAAAACUUUUUUCUAUGAUUGAAACUUUUCUGUUUUUUUUUUUUUUUUUAUUAAAGUGAUUUUUCUUCUGAAAUUUUUUGUUUGCUUGAAGCAACUUAUUUUUUGAUUGAAUAGUAAAGAACAACAAAACAACAUUACAGUGAUACCUCAGCUCACGAACAUAAUUGGUUCCCAGAAAGUGUGCGUGAGGCGAAAAGUUCGUCUUCCGAACAUUUAUUUCCCAUAAGAAACCAUUAAAAUGAGAAUAAUCCGUUCCCAGGUCCCCAUAAAACAUAAUUUUCUACUAAAUAAGCCUUAAAACUACACAAAAAUAUACCUUAUUUUAUGUAUAAUAAGUGUGCUAUUGUAUUAUAAUUAAAGAAAUAAACUGUACUGUAUAAUAAAGUUGUUUUAUUUACCU